AUGGGUUCAAGCGAAGAAAGAAAUCCUAGAAGUGCUUCUGUCAAAAGAACUAGAUCACUCUCAGAAUCUAUUAAAGGGAUAUUCAAGGGAGGGAGCAGCAGUGGGCAUGCGCAGCAUCCCGGUUCUCCCAGUGAAACACCUCCCGCUAUUUUGAAGAAGAAUAGUAGUCGUUUGGGAAAUAUAACCAUCAACAAGGAGGCAGAGUUAAGCUCUUCAAGAGGGGCUCCUAUUCAGGCUCCGACCUCUCCUCUUCAGACACCUAUAGCACCUCGGCAAUCAAAUCUUGGUGUACCAAAGCUAUCAAAGUUAUCCUUGUCCCAACCUUCACAACCAUCUAGCUCUGAUAAUGAUCAUGCCUCUCCACCUCCCAACUUGAGUGAAGAGGAAGAAUUUGCUAGAGCUAGGCAUUCUUCUGGUAGACGAAGCGAUGAAGAACAACGUGGAAGGGACGUAUCAAGAGAAGGUAGACAGCGGCCAAAACAACCAGAAAGUAAGAGCUACAAUGCCCAACAAAGCUCCGAACAAGAAGACAGUGGAUUGAUCGAUUCUGUGCUCGAGAAUGAUGAUAAUGACAACAGUAUCAGGGAAGAGCGUAGUAGUAGCACCGAGGCCCACGCAAAUCGCGCGCGUGCCAGCAGUUCAGCGGUGAGGUCUGGCUCUUUGAAAAGGAUGGGGUCUACAUCAUCAGCUACAUCCUCUAACCAAGGCUACCCUCGGGGCAGACAUCGUGCUGACACUUUUAGUGCAUCCAGCUUGCCUCGAUUUAAUGAGAGGGAGUCUAAAUGCAUUUUGCAAGUUGACAAUUUCAAAGUUUACGAGAAUGGUUUCCAUGAACAUAAUCUUAAAAUCACUUCACUGAUAUCGGAUACUAAUGACGGUAACGACGGACUCUCUAAACAAAAGUCUGGUUUUUCUUUGUCUGGGAUAUUUAAACCUCAUAAGGAGGAUAAAAAGCUGGAUAAUGCAUUAUCUCUUAUUCCAACGGGUACAUUGUCAUUAUCUCAAAGGAUAGAUAAGGCAAGAAGUCAAGCGAUGGAAAGGAAUGGCGAUAGCAUUGACGAGGCAGACGAAGAAAGCAGCGGAGAUGUAGCCAAGGGCCAAACAGAAGACACUAGGACUCCAAAAAUCGUCAAUCCAAAUGCAGCUGUUGGUACGGAAGAGUUAAAGUUAAUCAAUACCCUGUCUGAGAAGAUUCAUCUUGCUUUGAAUGGUAAGUCGUCUAAAAUUGAAGGUGAUGAAAAGACAAGAGAAGACCCUCCUACCAAAUUUCAUGAUCAGUAUGGGAAACCCAUUGGAGUUAUUGGUCACGGUGCCUACGGUGUGGUGAAGAUAUGCUCAAGACCACUAACGGCGAACGACGCGGAGCCAUAUCCAACGUACUCGAAUGGCAAAAGGCUGUUCUUCGCCGUCAAAGAGUUAAGGCCGAAGCCGAAUUAUCAGGUUGAAAAGUUCAGUACAAGAAUCACUUCUGAAUUUAUCAUUGGUCACUCGCUGAGCAGGUGCCAUAAGAAAGGAGACGCACCUGCGCCCAAUAUCUUAAAAGUACUAGAUCUUUUAGAAGCUCAGGAUGCUUUCGUGGAAGUUAUGGAGUUUUGCCCAUCUGGUGAUUUAUACAAUCUAUUGACAAGGAAAUCAAAAAACGGCACUGCCUUACAACCACUUGAAGCCGAUUGUUUCAUGAAGCAAUUGCUACAUGGUGUCCAAUUUAUGCACAGUCACGGUGUGGCCCAUUGUGAUCUGAAACCCGAGAAUAUAUUGUUCCAUCCAGAUGGUUUGCUUAAAAUCUGUGAUUUUGGUACCAGUUGCGUCUUUCAAACUGCUUGGGAGAAGCAAGUUCAUUUCCAGUCAGGCACAAUGGGGUCAGAACCCUAUGUCGCACCAGAGGAGUUCAUUCACGGUAAGGAAUAUGAUGCCAGACAGGCUGAUUGUUGGAGCUGUGGUGUAGUUUACUGCACUAUGGUACUGGGACACUAUUUAUGGAAAGUUGCAGCACGAGGUAAGGACCCAUUGUACGAUUCCUUUAUCGAUGAAAUGUCAGAGCAUAAUGAAUUUUAUGUCUUUGAAGAGAUGAGGCAUGUCAACAAUGAAAUCAAUCGCUUGAGAAGGAUAGCAUUAUAUCAAAUAUUCCAGAUCGAUCCUAAUAAAAGGAUAACAGUAAGCGAUCUGUUGCAAACAGCUUGGAUGAGGCGGACCAAAUGUUGCGUCUUUUACAAACCCGUUGAUAAAGAAAGAUGA